UAAUAGUAUGACAAUUGACGAUUUAAUUGUUUGGGUUUACGUUUUCUUAUAUUGAAAUAGAUCUAUAAAAUAGUUUUUCGUUAGGAACAGUUAGAAACAAGUUAUAACCGGUAUAAACACCAAAAAACAGACAUGAAUCGUAGACGAGCUCAUGAUGAAGAAGAUGGAUAUGAACGCCUUCAUAGAAAACGUCGUCGUGUAUCAGAAAAUCAGGAAAUCGAGGAUAGGUUGGAAUCCCUAAUUUUGAGAGUUGGUGAAAAAAGUAGUUCCAGCUUAGAAAGUAAUCUGGAAGGUUUAGCGAGUGUUUUGGAAGCAGAUUUGAGCACAUUCCGUGUAAAAAUAUUGCGUAUUUUAACAGAAUGCGCUAUUCGAAUGCCGGAGAAGUGCACUAUUUAUGCCACACUAGUAGGAUUACUGAAUGCGAAAAACUAUAAUUUUGGCGGUGAAUUUGUAGACUAUAUCGUAAAAACUUUCAAAGAAAAUCUUAAGACAGGAAAAUGGAAUGCCGCUCGUUAUUGUUUGAGAUUUAUAUCUGAUUUGGUAAACUGCCACGUCUUGGCUGCAUCAUCUUUACUCACGUUGUUGGAAACACUAGUGGACUGCGCUAAUGAGGAUGGAGUGCCGCAAGUCAGAAGAGAUUGGUUUGUAUUUGCCGUACUUUCAGUAUUGCCAUGGGUUGGCAGAGAGUUGUAUGAAAAGAAAGAGUCUCAGUUGGAUCACUUACUUGUGACAAUAGAAGUGUUUCUAAACAAACGCAGUAAGAAACACUGGCCGGCAUUAAAAGUUUGGUCUGCAGAUUCACCACACCUUCAAGAAGAGUACUUAGACUGCCUCUGGGCACAAAUAAAAAAACUAAGACAGGAUAAUUGGUCAGAAAAGCAUAUACCAAGACCAUACCUUGCGUUUGACUCAAUACUCUGUGAAGCUUUGCAACAUACUUUGCCAACAAUACAGCCACCUCCCCACAAUGAUGGUGAUACAUACCCAAUGCCGAGGGUUAUUUUCCGAAUGUUUGAUUACACCGACUGUCCCGAUGGCCCUGUGUUACCAGGAGCUCAUUCUAUUGAGAGAUUUCUCAUUGAAGAACAUCUCCACAAUAUAAUAGAAGCUUAUCAUUUAGAAAGGAAGGAAUGUGCCGCUCAGCUUUUAUGUUUCCCAUAUAAAGCAAAAAUACCUUUGGAAUACUGUAUUGUUGAAGUGAUGUUUGCUGAAUUAUUUAAUUUACCGACACCAAGAUAUCUGGAGAUAUGCUAUGGAUCAAUUUUUAUUGAGCUGUGUAAGCUGCAACCUUCCACAAUGCCGCAAGUCUUAGCUCAAGCAACAGAGAUUUUGUUCAUGAGGAUUGAUUCCAUGAAUAUUGCAUGUUUUGAUAGACUGGUGAAUUGGUUUUCUUACCAUAUAAGCAACUUCCAGUACCGAUGGUCCUGGGAGGAUUGGGAGGGAUGUGCUCAACUUGAUCCAGAACAUCCCAAGCCUAGAUUCAUUAGGGAAGUUCUUGGCAAAUGUCUAAGGUUAUCCUAUCACCAAAGAAUAAAAGACAUGACACCUGAAUCAUUAUCGGCAUUUGUGCCUUUGAAACCGGAACCCAUAUACAAGUACUCUAUGGAAGGUGCAGCUUCACUACCUGGAACUGAAGCAGCGCAUCAGUUAGUCGUAUGUGUCCGCAAUAAGUGCACUGCGGAGGAGGCAUUGAAUGUUCUGCGGGACCUACCCAAUCCCUUGCGCGAAGGUGACACGUCAGCCGCCCACACUACUUAUAAUCCUCUGAAGAUAGAUGUUUUUGUUCAGACACUCCUCAACUUGGGCAGCAAGAGCAUUUCACAUAGUUUUGCUGCUAUUUCGAAGUUCCAUUACGUUUUUAAGAUCUUGGCGGAAUCAGAAGAGGCUCAAAUAUGCGUGCUACGCAAUGUCUGGGAACUUUGGCAGCGCCACACUCAAGUGGUGUGCGUUUUGGUGGAUAAAAUGCUCAAAACACAGAUAGUAGAAUGUAGUGCGGUGGCCACGUGGCUGUUUUCAAAGGAGAUGGCUCCCCAUUUCACUCACGGAUAUGUCUGGGAGAUCCUACACCUCACUAUUGACAAAAUGAAUAAGCAUGUCUCUAAACUUAGUAAAGAGCUGCAAGAAGCAAGAGAAGCUCUCGCUCGGGACGAUUCAAGUAGUUCAGAUUCUGAAGAUGAAAAUGGCAGCAAAAAGAAGAAAGAUCAAUUUAAGCCAACAGAAGAGGCAGUGGAGCGAAUGGAGGAAAGGCUGGAGAUGGCUCAUACGGACCAGAAGCGUCUGUUCCUGAUCGUUUUCCAACGUUUCAUUAUGAUCUUAUCGGAGCACCUCGUAAGAGCUGACACGGAUGCCCGGGAUCCACAUACACACUGGUACCGCGCCACCCUCGCUCGUUUGCGGCAGGUGUUCCUGCUGCACCACGAACAAGUCCAGAAGUACAGCAGUACUUUGGAAACUCUCCUCUUUACCCAAGAUCUGGAUCCUCACAUUUUGGAUGUUUUCCAUCAAUUCAUAGCUCUCACAGCGUAAUUAGACAAUUACUUUCAUCUCAAUUACCCUUACAAUAUAAUAAACUAUUUUGUAAUAUCACUAUGUAAACUGUUAAACGUAUAUCUCAGUAUAUGCUCAGAGACUAUAGUUUGUUAUUGUUUAAAGGCAAUGGAUUAAUAAUUGCGUUCAUUCAGACUGAUAUAUGACUAUUUAAUGUGAAGAUCAGAAUAAUACACACUGAACUGAGUAAUUUAUUUACAAUAAACAUUUUAUUAAAUGUUUGGAAAUGAUGUGCUUGUCUGUGACUUUCUGGUGGUGAAAAAGUGAAGUGAAAUAAAAUGAAAAAGCCUCAGAUGUAUAUAAAUAAAAGUCAAGUAUCUUUUGAAAA